UCCUCCUACGAACUCAUCACGGUAAACAAUAAUCUGGGCGCCAAGCGCAACAUCGGAAGAGGUAUUAUCCACACAAACAACGAUUACGCGCGCAUGUGUUACAUCGGUCUAGGCAAGCCCGGCUAUUAUCUCUUCAACUUCGCGUUGCUCAUGACAUUGUACGGCGCCUGCAUCGGCACCAUGGUGGUGAUGACCGAUUUCCUGGCGUCUCUGCCCAUCAUGACGUCCAACCCUACUGGCAAGCGCUAUCUAAUGCAAUCACUGCUCACGGUGGUGGCGAUCGUCCUGUGCAUGCUGAAAGACCCGUCGCUGCUGGUGAGCAUCUCCUCUCUGGGCCUGGUGGCGCUGGUGGUGAGCUACGUGCUGCUGUUCAUCUACUGCUUCACGUCCAGCAAGCUGAGCUGGGAGACGUCCUAUUUGUACCCGCUGUCGCUGCGCGAUUUCCUCAACAAUUUCGGCGUCUUUGCGUACUCCCUCGGCUUCACGCUCUAUCUCUUCUCCCAGCUCGUGCGUCCCGCGGGGAUCCUUCUCUCUAGAAACAUCUGCGUCGCGCUUACCGCGGUUCUGCGGUGCAAACGAUCGGCGUGUCGCUGCUGCUGAUGGCGGUGAUCUACGCGUUUAUCGGGAUCGUGCUGUUCCUGCUGCUGGAUAAAACGGACAAGGGCGUGCAGGGCAACAUCCUGGCGUCCAUUCCCGAGACCCACAUCUUCAACAUCAUCAUCUCCAUCUUGAUGGUGAUCACGUGCAUCGGCGGCUAUCCGCUGUACAUGGGCCCGAUCCACGAGGUGGUGGAGGGCAACUGGGGCGCGAUGACGGCGAACAAGUACUUCAUCACGAACAAGAACUACAUUCUGUUCCGCACCGUGGAGAUUCUGCUCAUCUCCGUCGUGGCCGCCAUCUUCCCGUUCUUCAGCGACCUGCUCGGAUUCAAUAUCCUUUAAAUCAAUGAAUCAAUGAAUGAAUCAAUGAAUCAAUGAAUUUGGAGCCCUUCUUGUGGAAAGGGCGAUUAGCGACUUAACGGCACUCGGCAAUUUCUCGUCGGUUUUGGUGGCGAUGGUGCUGCCUCCGAUUCUGCACAACGUUCUGAUGGGGAAAGUGCUCAAGAAGGGAGUCGUCAUGGGCAAUUGGAUCUUUGCGGGUGUUUCCUCCAUCGUGAUGGUGGUGUGUACAGUUGUUUCUUUUAUCUCUUUAAUCGGAAAGCUGAAGCAGCAGUUUGCUUAGUUUGGUGUGUUUAGUGUGUUUGUUCCAUACACACAUUCCGUCAGAUAUGAAUCUGUAGCUCGGAUUUGGUGUAUCAUGCAUAAGUAUCAAAUUAUUAUCGCAUAAGAAGUGUCGAAGAAUGGGAAAGACAAUACACUCAACGGUGGAAACGGAGUUUGGUUCCACGAUUUGUACUUACCAUUCUUUCCUAAAUGGCGACCGAAAUUGAAUUGAAAAAGGUGGAAACGGAAGAAAAGAAGCCCGAAUUAGGGAGUAACAAUAUGCUUCAGAAUGAUGUGGACGCCGUGGAGGAUAUUAAAGUGCAAGCAACUCCAGUGGAGCCCACAGUCGUUCAAGAACCUGAUGGAACGUUGACAGCCACCGCUGUGGCAAUCAACCUAAUCAAAGGAUCGAUCGGUACAGGCACAUUGGCCAUGCCACUGGCCGUGAAGAGUGUCGGGCUUGUGCCAGCCAUCUUGCUCUUUGCUAUAGUUUCACUUGUAUAUAUGUACACCGCAAAUGAGCUCAUCACGAUCAAUAACAGCCUUGGCGCCAAGCGAAAUAUUGGUCGUGGCAUUAUCCACACAAAUAAUGACUAUGCACGUAUGUGUUACAUUGGUUUGGGCAAGCCUGGCUACUAUUUAUUCAACUUCACGCUUCUCCUGAUCUUCUACGGCGUCUGCAUCGGCACCAUGAUCGUGAUGACGGACUUCAUGGAGUCGCUUCCCAUCCUGUCCUCCUGGUCCAGCGCGAAGCGCUACAUCAUGCAAAUCCUGCUCACCAUCGUGGCCAUCCUCCUCUGCCUCCUCAAAGACCCGGGCGUGCUGGUCCGGAUCUCCUCGUUCGGUCUGCUGGCGCUGAUCGUGAGCUUCGUGCUUCUCUUCAUCUACUGCUUCGCCUGCGGCUCGUUCCGCUGGCAGCCGGCCUACCUGGCGCCGCUCUCCUUCAAGGCCUUUCUCAACAAUUUCGGCGUCUUCGUCUACUCUCUCGGCAUCACGCCGCUCCUCUUCACCCAGCUCGUCGGCUCCGUCCCUCGCGUCAAGCGUAGAGGCAGAUGCAGCGCUCGCAGCGCGGGAAAGCCACCAAGACCGUCGCCAUCUCCAUCGCCGUCAUCGCGGGGAUCUACGUCGUCGUGGGGGUUACUCUGUUUCUCCUGUUGGAUGGAACCGAGGGCGGCGUGCCGGGGAACGUGCUGCUGUCGCUGCCGUCGGGACAUGUGUUCGGCAUCAUCAUUUCGAUUCUGA